AAGAUGACGAUCGCUCAUCCUCUCCUCAGUCGCCUCAACCCUGUUGUUUCAACCACCGGUUGUCGCAUCAGCACAGGAUCGGACUUCUUCCAUGCCUCUGUCUUGAUUUAUUGUAUUGCAAGAAACAGAGCCCCUUUGUGCUCCCUCACAAAGAAAAGAGGCUUUGCCUCGUCCUUGUUCCCUUUCCCCGUCCUCUGAAUCCAUUAUCUGCACAGGCCUGCUUCGGAGAUCCUUCUUUCGUUCAGUUUUAGAUUGGCACUAAUCUACACCUUCUUAAUCGUAUCUCAGUCGCAAAACAAAAAUGUCCUAUCUUCAGCAACAGCUAAAGAGCUUCAACGCUAGCGUUGUUGACUCCGCGAGUAGACUUGCGCAACAGAGACGCUUCAACCACAAUAAUAACACCACCACCUCCGCAAGCAGCUCGCAGCUCCCCUCCUCCGCAUCGACGCCCACGCCCGGCGGCGGAGACCGCAAGCGCCACGAUGCGGACAUCGUGUACUCCCAGCCCGCUAAUACCGGCACGGGCAAGGAUAUCAUGACUCAGGUCGUCUUCGCGAUCGAGCACAUGAAGUCCAAGGGCAUGCCGCUCAAGUUUGCCGACAUCGUCUCCUACCUCUCGCUACAACACCGCGCCAAUGACCAAGGCUACGUCCAAGCCCUACGGAGCAUCCUACAAGUGCACGAGAAGGUGCAGUAUGAUCCCCGCGGCGCCAACGGCGAGGGCACCUUCAGCUUCCGGCCACCGCACAACAUCCGCACCGCGGAGCAGCUCCUUAAGAAGCUCCAAGCGCAGUCGACUGGCGCGGGCAUGAGCGUCCGCGAGCUCCGGGAAGGGUGGCCGAAUGUGGAGGACACGAUCAACCAGCUCGAGAAGGAAGGAAAGCUCCUUGUGACGCGGAACAAGAAGGACGACCAUGCGAAGAUGGUUUGGGCCAACGACCCGUCGCUGAUCCAGCACUUCGACGACGAGUUCCGGCAAAUCUGGGAGAAGAUCAAGAUCCCUGAUCAGCAGACGGUCAAGGAGGAGCUGGAGCGCGCCGGUAUCGUCCCGACCAACAAGAACAAGGUCGUCAAGCAGCGACCCAAGAUUGAACACAAGAAGGUCAAGAAGCCUCGCCGCAGCGGGAAGACUACCAAUACCCACAUGAUGGGCGUCCUGCGGGAUUAUUCCCACCUGAAGCGAUGAGCAAGUCAUGCGAUCGCUACUGCUAUCUGACACUUCGUCCUCGUCCGCUUCUCUGACUUUCAAUCUCAAAAAAAAAAAAAAAAGAAAGAAAGAAAGAAAGAAAAAGAAGAAGAUCGAAAAGUUCGCCGAAUUUUGCCCAGGUACAUCAAUCGUUUAUCUUUUCGUUUUUCGCGCAUCGCAUUAUAAUGGCGUUUGGUGGGGGAAUAUUAGACGCAGGACAAGAUAUACUUCUGAUUUGUUUGCUGCCUUCGACCAAACUAUAGCAGCUCUUGGUCGUGUUUGUUUUUCGGCGAUUCUCAUCGCCCUUGUUGUAUAUUAUACAACUGAAAAUCGAUACCCAGAUAAUUUGAACCC